UCCGCGGAGACUGGAUAUUCGACGACGGGAGGAAAUGGCGGAGGCUGCGGCGCUCGUGUGGAUUCGCGGCCCCGGCUCCGGGUGCGAGGCGGUAUGCUGGGUCUCGGCUGCGUGCUCCGUACGGGAUUUUAUCCGUCGACACUGCCAAGAUCGGGAUGUCCCAGUGGACUACUUCUUUGUGAAAUGCAGUGGAGCACUCGUGAACACCAGUGACACAGUGCAGCAUGGAGCUGUUUAUAGUUUGGAACCCAGACUUCUCGGUGGAAAAGGAGGUUUUGGAUCUAUGCUCCGAGCACUUGGUGCUCAAAUUGAGAAGACAACCAAUCGAGAAGCUUGCCGGGAUCUCAGUGGCAGGAGACUACGAGACGUCAAUCAUGAAAAAGCAAUGGCCGAGUGGGUGAAACAACAAGCCGAGCGGGAGGCUGAGAAGGAGCAGAAGCUGCUGGAACGACUGCAGCGGAAGCUCGCCGAGCCCAAGCACUGCUUCGCCAGCCCUGACUACCAGCAGCAGUGCCACGAGAUGGCAGAGCGUCUGGAGGAUUCCGUCCUCAAAGGUAUGCAAGCUGCCUCCAGCAAGACAGUAUCAGCAGAAAUGAAUGAGAACUGGAAACGGCCCAAGAAAUCAAAGACAGACAGAGGAGCCAGUGCAGCAAAGAGGAAAUGCUUUUGGUUGGGCAUGGAAGGACUAGAGACUGUGGGGGUGUCCAGCUCUGAGAGCUCGGAUGACGACAGUGAAGAAGUACCUGGUCCUUCAGGACUGAGCUUCCACGCGCCGAAAAAUGCCAGUGACAGGGCUGAGAUGGUGGCCGAAUUUCCCAGUAGUUCUCAGAGGGCGAGAGUAUUGAGAACAGACACUGGAUCAACAGAAAACCCACAGGUCCCAGCGACUGGCUGUGGGAAGGGUAUUUCAGAAGACUCCAGGGCUGAGCCGGGAGAGGCAUGUGCUGUAGAGCACAGGGAGAGGAAGAUGGUUUUAGAAACAGAGGAGACCCAGGAGAAAAAAGAGGCAGAGGGCAAAGGAUCCAUAGAAGAGGAAGCAGCUGGGGACGGGCUGAAUAAGGAUAAAGAGACAAAAGAAAUGACUGAUGGGGAAGGAGCUGCCAAGGUGGCACUUGGAGAAGACAGGGAAAACGUUCCCGUGAUCAAACUGGAGGAAAGCCAGGCAGGAGACACAGUUAUCGGUCAGGAGACUGUAGAUUUGUUAGCAUUCGACUCUGUUGCGGAACUGGAGUUGCUGGGUUUGGAGAAGCUUAAGAGUGCACUGAUGGCCCUUGGCCUGAAAUGCGGGGGCACCCUGCAGGAGCGCGCAGCACGACUCUUCUCCGUCAGAGGACUGGCAAGGGAGCAGAUCGACCCAGCUUUAUUUGCCAAGCCUUUGAAAGGGAAGAAGAAAUGAGUUUCAUCGGAGCUCAUUUUCUAUUUCUUUACAGUCUAGCACUUAAAACCUGCGUAAUGUGGGCUCUUGGCCAGUAUUCCUCUUGAUAUUAAAAGCUAACUUUUUAAUAGCUCAGUUCUAACUAUCCCCUUUCUCGUGAUUAUAUUUAUAGAAUUAAUGUGUGAAACCAUCUGGGCCUGAAGUUUUCUGUAUAAGAAUGUUUUUUAAUUAUAAAUUUAAUUUCUUUAAUAAAUACA